AUGUAUCAUCAGCUAUCAACAGCUGAUCGAAGGCAAAGGUUAAUGAGGAGAAUUCACACACUUCACUCUGAAGAUCAGAGCACCACACAUGAGAGCUCUUUCGAUUUGGACUUCUCUUUAACACUCGAAGAUGAAGAGCAGUAUCAAAAAACAAGUAUAGAUCGGAAUUUGUUGUAUGUUCCUGAUAUUCAUGCUCUCGAGUUGGAUAAAGGAGAAAAACCUCCUCAUAAACGGGAUGUGAUAGAGAAAAUACCUAUGCGUGCAAGAUCCCAAAGUUGGUUGAUUCGUACGAGGCAUUUGCUGCAUGAGGAAAGGAAGACGUCACCUUUCAUUUCCCACGCGAUGUUAAUAAUUUCAUUUCUUCUGUUCGCCCUAUCUCUUCCUUGGAGUCUGUUUUUCUGUUUGAAAAUCAUAAAAGAAUAUCAACGUGCCGUGACUUUUCGUUUGGGACGUUUAAUCCGUGGUGGAACGAAAGGCCCUGGAUUAUUUUUUAUUCUUCCUUGUAUUGACACAUUCAAAAUUGUCGAUCUUCGUGUACUUUCCUUCGAUGUUCCACCUCAGGAAAUUCUCAGUCGUGACUCGGUAACCGUCUCCGUGGAAGCCGUAAUCUUCUUCAGAGUUUCCAAUCCGGUGAUUUCUGUAACAAAUGUCAACGAUGCUCAGUUCAGCACACGACUUCUCGCUCAGACAACGCUUCGGAAUGUACUGGGAACAAAAACGCUGAGUGAAAUGCUCUCGGAACGAGACGCUAUAGCCAGUAUAACAGAAAAAGUGUUGGACGAAGGCACUGAUCCCUGGGGAGUGAAGGUGGAACGAGUUGAAAUCAAAGACAUUCGUUUACCUCACCAGCUAUUGAGAAGUAUGGCGGCAGAGGCAGAAGCGGUUCGCAACGCACGUGCAACCAUUAUCCAUGCAGAGGGUGAACGAUGUGCCUCUCGAUGGAUGGCUGAAGCAGCGGACGUUAUAAGCAGAAACAAAAUUUCUGUCCAACUUCGGUACCUUCAGACAUUACACCAAAUAGCCUCUCAAAGGUUUGCAAUUUUUUAA